ACCGUCUCCCCUUUUGGUGAUGCUUCCUGAGAGAUCUUGCAGACAGUGGGAUGGGGGGGGGGGGGCGGCAAGAAAAAGCUUGGCCAGACCUGGGCCUGAGCAGAGUCUAAACUUCAUCCCGGCAUUCAGCCCUGGAGGUGAAACUGGAAUACAGGUGGGAAAGCCUCCUCUCUACUUCCACGCCAGCUGUGCGGUUACCUGGCUCUUCCACCAGCUGGGCACUCCCCCCCCGCCCAUGGACUUGAUUCUGCUUGACCUUUCCUGUCACCGGGUUGGUCCGAAAUGUAGGUGUGCCAGUAGCAUCCCGAAGGAGAACCCCAUGCCCGCCCCGGGCUCUCUGGCCUGGACGUGGGAAUCUACGGCAGAGAGAGGGCUGCUUGUCGAUGGGAUCUCCUCUUCUGCAGGGUACUUCGUGCAAGACUUCUUGGACAUGAUGUGCAAUGAGAAGCUACAGAUGUGCUGGGAGCUGCUCUUCCAUCACUUUGUGGUGAUUGUUUGCUUUGGCUUUGCCUUCCUGAUUCGCCGCUUUGUGGGCUUCGCCAUGGUGGCUCUGCUGGUGGAGAUCAACUCCGUCUUCCUGCACCUGCGGACAAUCCUGCUGAUGGCUGGCUUGGCCCACACCACCUCCUUCCGCCUCACCAGCCUCCUCAACCUUGGCACCUACCUGGUGUUCCGUAUCAUGAUCUUGGCCUGGAUGACCCGCUGGUUGGUUCUUAACCAGGAGAACGUCCCGGCAGCCCCCUACGCCAUGGGCACAGUGGGCAUGGCCAUCAUGCUGUCCAUCAAUAUCGUCCUCUUCUACCGUUUGCUACGCAGUGACUUUCUCCCAUCUCACGAAAAGUAGCAGCACCUGGCUCCCCUCCAAGCGCCGAGGAAAGGGAGAGCAAGCUAGAGCACACACGCAGGCAGGGGAAAAGAGGGGGUCCCUCCUGCUGAGUAAUACAAAGAGAUGGGAGCGAGGGCAAAUCCUUCUGCAGAGCUCCAUGAAAUAGUGUCAUGGUGCCCUCUGUUUGGCUGGGAGUGAUGGUCACACAGGAAGGAGGCAAAGAUGGGAUCUGCUUUGCCCCACCAUGACGGAGGGGGCUUAUUGAAAUGACUUGGCCCUGUGCAACCUGUGUUCUGAUGUUUACUUCUGGCACACUUCCCUGUGCAAGGCGAGCCUCCUGGGACAGGCAGUCUUAGGACCCCCCCCCUUCAAACCCUGCUGUAAAGUGUGUGGCAGAGAAACUGCCUCCCCUUCCCCUCCCUGAUGCCUUUAGCUGAUUCUCUCUGUGGAAGAGAACUUCUUAAGGAACCUGCCUGAGAUCUGCUGCCCUUCAACU